CUGAGCCCUAAUUUUCUCGAAACCUCCCCCAAAUGGCCAUAUGGUUUUAUUAACCUCCUUCGUGUCUCAUUAUUCUCACUCUUCUUCUCCUCUUUCAAUCAUCCACUGUUUCAAUCUCCUUUCCCGAGAACGAGGACGAAAGCAUCUCUGCAAUCGUAACAUUUGGAGAAUAACGGCGAAGAAGAAGAUGCCGAUUGUAGCUGAGUACGCGAAGUCGAACCGAUCUUCGUGCAAGGCGUGCUCGAAGGCCAUCGCCUCGAAAGCCCUAAGGGUAGGGUUGAUUAGCAAGGGACCUGGUGGCUUCGAUAUGACCAGGUGGCACCAUCUGGAUUGUUUCCCUACCGAUUCGGUGUCGAUUGGUUCUGUUGAUGAUGUCAAAGGCUUAUCCGCUUUAGAGAAAGAUGAUCAGGAUGCGUUGGCGAAACUAGUGGAACAGUGUGGUGAGCCUGCUAAAGAGGUUGAUGAGAAGAAGGAAGAAGAGAUUAAAGAUCCUGGAUUAGAUGAAAUGAGUGGGGAGAAGGUUAAGGAGGCGAAAGGUUCUUCUGCAUCUGUGAAUGUUAUUGGUGAGUAUGCGAAAUCAAGUAGAUCUUCAUGUAAGAAGUGCUCUCAGACGAUUGCUGCUAAAGAACUGAGGUUAGGGAUGGUAACUAGAGACUCUCGGGGAUUUGAUAUGACAAAAUGGCAUCACUUGGGAUGUUUCCCCUUUGAAUCUGUUCCAGUUGAUUCUGUAGAGGACGUUGGUGGAUUUUCGUCACUGCAGAGCGUAGACCAGGAUGCAAUAAAGGAAUUGGUCCUACAAUGCGGGAAGACGACUUCGGUAGAUAAGAUGGAAGAAGAUAACGAUGACUCUGUAGCUGAUAAAGGGCUAGCGGAGGAGACAAACAACAGAAAACCUUCUCAGGUUGAGGAAAAGGUAGAGAUUAAAAAGGCAGGAUCAGAUGAAAUAAGUGGUCAGAAGAUUAAGGAGACGAAAGGUUCUUCUGCGUCUUCAAAAGUUAUUGCUGAAUACGCGAAAUCAAGCAGAUCAUCAUGCAAGAAGUGCUCUCAGACGAUUGCUGCAAAGGAACUGAGAUUGGGAGUCGUGACCAGAGACUUCCGGGGAUUUGAUAUGACAAAGUGGCACCACUUGGGUUGUUUCCCCGUUGAAUCAAAUCCAGUUGAUUCUAUAGAGCUUAUUGGUGGAUUUUCAUCACUGCAGAAUGCUGAUCAAGAUGCAUUAAAGGAACUGGUCCAACAAUGCGUGAACAAGACUUUGAAGAUGGACGAAGAUAAUGAUGAGACUGGAACUGAUUACCAUCAAACGGAGGAGACAAACAAAAGAAAACAUUCUCAGGUUGGGGAGAUGGUGGUUGAAGAUGAAGUGCAAACCAAUGCGAACCAACCGAGUACUAGAAAACCUAAGAUGAACACCAGUGAGUCAACUUCUCAGGUGGUAGCUGAAGCAGAAAUCUCUCUUUCAGCUUCUGAUGUGAAGGAAAAGUACAGGGAUGCCAGUCUAUUACCCAAGUGGAAAGCGUUUGAGACUGUAAUAUUCCUUGAGCGGGAUGAUGGUCUUAAUGAUUCAGAGAAGAUAGCUGCAUUUGAUUUUGAUGGAUGCCUUGCAAACACAUCUGUGAAAAAAGUAGGUGCAGAUGCAUGGUCACUUAUGUAUCCUUCAAUUCCUGAGAAACUGCAAAGUCUUUAUAGCCAAGGCUAUAAGCUGGUGAUUUUCACAAAUGAGUCUAACAUUGACCGGUGGAAAAACAAAAGACAAGCUGCUGUGGACUCGAAAAUUGGACGCCUCAACAGUUUUAUCAAACGCGUGGAGGUCCCCAUUCAGCAGGUGUUUAUAGCCUGCGGAGUCGCAAGCUCUGGUGGUAAAGAUGACCUUUACCGCAAACCCAAGCCUGGAAUGUGGCAACUCAUGAAGAAGCACUUUAACUCUGGAAUUGAAGUUGACAUGGAUAAAUCGUUCUAUGUUGGGGAUGCAGCCGGGAGAAAAGGCGAUCACAGCGAUGCAGACAUAAAAUUUGCGCAGGCGAAUGGAUUGAAGUUUUUUACUCCCGAGGAGUACUUUAUCGCUUGAAGUUAGGGAACUCAAGUCUUGUGCAUUAUGUUCAUGUUCGCUAUCUCUUUUGUCAGGCACGAAUGCUUUUUGUGACCAAACCAUCAUCAAUGUCUUGAACUUGACAGUUUUUUAUAUACACGGUCAGCUUUAUGAAACUCAACACUCUUUUGUAAAUGGCACUGCCAUUUAAGCAUCGACUUAUCAAGCGUUACAGAGCUAACUGAUUCAAG